UAGAAUAGUAUUAAGCGUAGUAUUUUUUCUUAGAAGAAAUAUGGAAGAUAUCAAGACGUCUGAACUUGCGACUUAUGUCAAUAGUUUUCUUGCCUUUUGUAUGAAUCCUCGGAAAUUCUAUAUGGUUGAUUUGAUCGGGCAGCUAAGAAAACGGGUGGAUGCUAACAACGUUGCAAACCCGUACGCAAUACUAGCACUGUGUAAUGCCCAAGAUUUUAUCACCUUAAAUGAUAUUGAAAAGUUGCUAGCUGCAUUCCAGAAAGCUAAUGCAGAACACAGAACAGACACUCAAGCAAUAAUAGUUAUGGCAUUAGCUUGCGCAUCUGCUCAGCCUGAUAGCAGUUUUAACCGUGAAGAAUUACCAGAUUAUACAAUGGAAAUAAAAAAGAAACAAUAUAGAAAUGGAACUGUUGAGAACAUCAAGACAACAGCCCUAGUUUUGCAGGCUUUGUUUGCAUCUGAAACAGAACCUGACGAGGACAGUUUUGAUGAAGAAAAAGCAAUAAAACAGAUUCUUCGCUCACAAGAAAAGGAUGGAUCUUUUGGUGGACUUAUGAACACUUACUAUGUCCUUCCAGUUCUUAGUAUGUCUAGCUUGGUCAAUUUAAGUAUAGAACGCUGCCCAAAACUAACUGAAGAUGGUAAGAUACAGUUUUAGAAAGAAAUUAAUCUA